CCUGCACAAAGAGUAGGGUCCUUCUCUCCAGGAAGCCAUCACAAGUGAGGCUUAAGAAACCUUUGAUCUUAAGGGAAGAUGAAAUCUGGGACAGGUCAUAUUUUUCAUGGCCCAGGCCCUGCUUCCUGGCAGUGUGGGACUGUUUUGGGUCUGUUGCUUCUAGCUCUGGCCCUGGGCACCCAGGGUCUGCUAUUUCCAAGAGCAGCACCCCAGAAUAGGGCCGUGGAUGUUAGUGUCCGGGCAAGAAGCAGCUGGUCCAGACUUUGGAGCCUGUGGGGCAGGUUCCCACUCCAUCCUAUCCCCCCAGAGGCAGGCACCAGGUGCUGGACCGGUGGAUUUUGGUCUGCGCCUCAGUCACCACAGCCUGUUUUUGGCAGUGGAACCCAGCUUACUGUCCUAGGUCAGCCCAAGGCUUCCCCCUUGGUCACACUGUUCCCACCAUCCCCUAAGGAGUUACAGGCCAACAAGGCUACCCUGGCCUGUCUGAUGAAUGACUUCUACCCACGCACUGUGAUGGUGGCUUGGAAGGAAGAUGAUAUCAUCAUCACUGAGGGUGUAGAGACCACCCAACCCUCCAAACAAAGCAACAACAAGUACAUGGCCAGUAGCUACCUGAUGCUGACACCCGACAAGUGGAAAUCUGGAAGCAGGUAUACUUGCCAUGUCACACAUGAAGGGAGAACUAUAGAGAAGAGUGUGUCCCAUGUAGAAUGUUCCUAAGUUGAAGAAUCUCAUGCCCUUGAAGGGCUGAAGCUGAAGGAUUCAGCAUGGUCCUCUUUGUCUUCUAGUCUUACUUGUA